ACAACUCUUCUGUGUUUAGAAUGUUUGAAAUGCCGAAUAUUUGUGAAGAUGAUUCAUUUAUCUAUGGUGGAUAGGGCAAUUUAUCUGUAAACAAACAAAUUUCGUUCAGAGAAUGAUAUAGCGCUUAAAGAUUUGCAAAAUAAUCUGGAACGUUUACAAUAGAUGCAAGCUAUUUUGAGCUUGGCCUAAAUAACGAACCAAGAAGUGCAAUCGAAAUAAAAGAGGACUACAGGAAAAGGAAGGUUGAAUCAUGCCGCUUGUUAACGAAACCAACAAAGUAGUGCAAAUAUUGGAAAUUUUCCGUGAAAAGUUGAAGUUACAAGGAGAUUAUGAACAAGAAAAUGAGAUUGCUGCUGUUGUUCAGAUGCUGGACAGUCCCUUGUUUAGACAAAUUAUAACAAUCAAAGACUCCCUUAAAGAGUUAAAAGAAAAAGUGAAGUUGACACCAGGUGUCAGUGACAAUGACUUUGACUUCUCACCUACUGGAGAGCUGGUUUUUCAACCAGGAAUGAAUAUGAGCACUUCUCUCUCACAGGUUAGUUUUGGUAGAGAUUUUGUGGAAGGACAAGCAAGUUCUGAUGAAAAGUCAUUUGAAGACAGGAAUGAGAUUUUUGCUCAGAUGGACCCUGGCCUGAUGAAAUCAAAAUAUGCUGAUGAUAUUGAGUUUGUAAGAGGGCUGGAAACUUCUGCAGAAGGAAGAGAGAUUGACACUCUAGAACUGGUGAAACCUGAACAGGGUGGCCUAGGGUUCAGUGUUGUUGGCUUGAAAAGUGAGAACAGAGGGGAGCUGGGUAUUUACGUGCAAGGAAUACAGCCUGGUGGAGUUGCAGACAGAGAAGGAAAUUUGCACGAGGGUGAUCAGAUUUUGGCCAUCAAUGGACAAAGAAUCGACACUGGCCUGUCACAUCAAGAUGCUAUAUCAAUCCUUCAACGAACUAGAGGUCAUGUUGAACUUAUUGUUGCUAGGGGUGGCAUCCAUCGUGCCCCCUCUGAUGUCUCCAGACAGCCUUCCGUCGCAAGCUCUUCUUUUAUUUCUCGAUCAAAUUCUGGUGCAAGCUCCAGUUCAAUGGCCUCUAUGCCUACUGGAGAUGGAAUCCACUGGCGUCAGAUCGAGACAAUAGAGUUACACAAUAGUGGAUCUGGCCUCGGAUUUGGGAUAGUCGGUGGUAAAAACACUGGUGUUAUAGUCAAGACAAUAUUGCCUGGUGGAGUUGCGGACAGAGAUGGGCGAUUGCAAAGCGGGGACAGCAUUUUGCAGAUAAAUGAAGUUAACUUGGGUGGUAAGGGAAGUGACGAAGUUGCAAAUAUUCUCAGAAAAGCAGGAAAUAAAGUGAAGUUGGUCAUUUCAAGAUUGGUGGACGAAGAACCGCCUGAGAUACCAGUGAGACCAGACAACGAGAGUUAUGAAGUUGAGACAUUUGAAGUCAAGUUGCAAAAGAACGAAAGGGGCCUUGGAAUUACAAUAGCUGGUUACGUGGGAGACAAGACUUCAGAUGAAUCUUCGGGGAUAUUCAUCCAAAAUAUUUCUGAAGGAAGUGCCGCUGCGCAGGACGGAAGGCUGCAAGUCAAAGAUCAGAUUAUUGAGGUUGAUGGCAAGUCACUUGCUGGCAUGAACAAUCUCGAAGCUGUGGAAGUUCUAAAGAAUACUGGAUCGAUCGUGUCACUCAUCAUUGCUCGUGUGAAAGACCAAGAGCUUUCGCAUGUGGCCCACGAUGACGACUUUUCAGGCUUGGUGUCUUCACAGGACGAAACUUUCCAUGGAACGUUGUCCAAAGAGACAGAGGAAGAAUUGAAAGAUAAAUAUCAAGAGUUACUUGGAGAUGGAGUUGAUAUUUACGUUUCGCAGUUUUCAAAAUUCCAUCUAGCUGGUGGACUUGGUAUAAGUCUUCAAGGAAGCACUGCCUCGCAUGACAAUGUUUACUGGCACAAGAUUCAUUCCGUGUACGAUGACGGACCAGUUGGUAAAGUAGGGCUAAUGAAAGGCGGCGACUACCUUCUAGAGAUUAAUGGAAAAAAUGUGCUGCACUUUCCUCAUUCUGAAGUUGUCACGUUGAUACAAGGCCUAGGGGAGCAUGUCAGACUGGUCUUCGCAAGAGAGUUACAAGACAAUGGGCUGGAUGAUGAGGUCGAAGAGUUUACACCACCGGAUCAUGAUGAAAGUCAUUUUGCCCCUGUUGCACGUAGUGAAGACGAUGUGAAGUAUGUGGAAUUAGAGAAAGGCGACAAAGGGCUGGGAUUCAGUAUUUUAGAUGACCAGCUGCAAAACGACGCCAGCCGAACUGUUAUCAUAAUUCGGAGCUUAGUGCCCGGAAGUUCUGCAGCGAUAAAUGGCACUUUGGAGCCUGGUGACCAGCUCACGUCCGUCAAUGGAGUCAAUCUCGAGAAUGCGUCCUUAGACACAGCUGUACAGACAUUGAAAGCUGCCCCAAAAGGAAAGACUAUAAUUGGUAUACGAAAGAACAUCUUAGACAUCUCAGCUGAUGAAGAUUUGGAAAUGAAGAGUGCUCAAAGAAAGGAGAUUAGCAAUGCAGGGUUGCCAGAGAAUACUCUACUGCCGUCAGCUAUUGAAAGCAGUAGCAGUGAAAGUGAAGAAGAUUUGGAAGAAAAACAUGAAAGUGAAGAUGAAGCGGUUGGCAGUGAUGUUGAUGUUCAAAAAGAGAUUACCGCAGCGGAACCAGUUAUCAUAACAGUGGAUGAAAAGUUUGAAGACAAGGAUGACCUAUCGUCGCAUGAAAGUGAGGACGAAGCAACAGAUGAUAUCGAAAGGAGGCUGCACACUGCUACUAUUGCCAGAGAUGUUGUCGGCCUUGGAAUAACUCUGGGCGAUGAUCGAGAUGGGUUUGGAUCUCCUGUCAAGACCGUCUUAGAAAAUGGCACAGUCAGCAGAGAUGGGUCAAUCAAACUGAAUGACAGAAUCUACAGCAUUAAUGGCGAAUGCCUCAAGAAUGCUACCAGCUCUCAAGCCAGAGCAAUCUUGAGGAGAGCAGCUUUGCAAAAGGAGGUCUUGAUAAAAUUUUUACCGGGAAAAGUGGUCGAGUCGUUAAAAGAAAAAGAGAAGGUCGAGCAGAUUCCAAGAAUUGAAGAGCCACAACCGACUUCUGAGAAUAAUAAUGACGAAGAGAGUACUGCGCCACUGGCUGCCCUUAAUUCUUUGUCCCCUGUGCCAUCUUACGAAUUACCUUUUGUGCGCACAGUUGAAUUAUUCCGUGACCCAGAGUGCAGUCUUGGAAUUAGCAUUGUAGGAGGACGUCCUCAAGAGGGAGAGGAGCCGAAAUUUAAAGGGAUAUAUAUAAAACAUGUAUUGGAAACGAGUCCAGCAGGCCAGAGUGGUUUGCUAAGGACUGGUGAUCAAAUUCUGCAGGUUGACGGUGUUGAUUUGCGAGACGCCACCCAUGAACAAGCAGUCAACGUGAUUCGAAAUGCAAAAAGUCCGGUUACAUUUGUCGUCCGGAGUCUUGCGACACGCUCAUUGGCUGAUAGUCAGUACAUUCUUCAUGGGACAAAAUCGGACAGUGAUGGGUCCAAUUCCUUGCAGUUGAAGUCAAACAUUGAAGCAACGAUUUCGAGCUCAUCAGAGGAAAGUGACCAUCAGCUACUUUUUGCUGAUCCUCUCGCUGCACGAUAUCCAGAUUUUGAUGGCAAGAUUUACGAAGUUGAGCUUUCAAAAGGUGAAAAUGGAAUCGGCUUAAGCAUUGCUGGAGGACGUGGAAUGUCAUCCAAUCACAUUUUUGUGAUUGAAGUCAAAAGUGGAGGCCCGGCGGACGCUGAUGGUCGAAUCAAGGUCGGAGAUGAGAUUCUGGAGGUGAACAACGUUCAAGUCCGUGGUUUAACUCAUAAAGAUGCGUCUGCCAUAUUGAGAAAGUGUGAAAUGACUGCGAAGCUCGUUUUAGGACGGCCGAAUGACCUAUCGCAUUUCACAUCUCUUGUUAGGGAGCAGGAACGACUGCAGGAGAAACCUGAAUAUGAACUAGAAAGAGCUACACACACACCCACUCAAAGGCAGCCGCUUACUCGAAUGAAAACUGUCAGGCAUGAGGAAGAAAUUACAUUAGAAAAGGGUCCUACAGGACUUGGUUUUGCAAUAGGUGAAGGUCGACGAGCACAAGAUGGCGAACAGGGAAUUUUCAUACGAAACAUCACUGAAGGAGGUGCCGCUUUUAAGGACCGUAGACUGCAUGUUGGUGAUCAGCUGUUGGCCGUCAACGGACAUUCGCUCGUUGGCCUUGAACAAGUAGAGGCGGUUAAUAUUAUCAAAUCUUCAGAAAAGUCGGUUACAUUGUUAGUAGCCCGUGAGAUUGAGGUUCCUGUUGAUGAUGACCAAGAUACGGAAGAAAGUGAAAGUUCAGCGACAGGAACCCCAAGGAGUCAGCUAGAAAUCAGCACGGAAGAUGAACUUCGAAGUACGAUAUCACCACCAGCGGAAGAAGAGGUAGACAGGCAGUCAGUUUCAAGUUCGCCGCAGUCAAGCUCAGAUGCGAAAGAUUUCGAUGAAGCAUUCACAAGACCCAUUGUCCCAGGAAAAGAAACGACAAUAAAGAUCGAGAAGGGCUCGAGUGGCCUUGGAUUGAGCAUAGUUGGCGGGUCAGACACGCUUCUGGGAGUGAUCAUAGUACAUGAAGUGUAUGAAGAUGGAGCUGCGUACAAGGAUAACAGGCUACUUGCUGGGGACCAAAUUUUGAAGGUAAACGAGACAAGUUUGAGCAAUGCAUCCCAUGAUGAGGCCAUAGCAGCAUUAAAAAACGCAGACAAAAUUUUGGAAUUGGCAGUUUUGAGGGAUUCGUCGCAGUAUUCAGAUGACGAUAAUCGUGAAUUUGUGGAUGUAGAGUUAGAAAAGCCAAUUGGAAAGGGACUCGGUCUCAGUAUCGUUGGUAGAAGGAAUGAUACUGGCGUCUUUAUUUCGGAUGUUGUCAAGGGUAGUGCUGCCGAUUUAUCCGGCAAGAUUUUGCAAGGAGAUCAGAUUGUCCGGGUUAAUGGCCAGGAUUUGACAAGUUGCACCCAGGAAUUUGCAGCUAUAGUUUUAAAGGGGCUGUCCGGUCAUGUUUCCAUGCAAGUUGCUCGUUUGCGAUCAGUAUCGAGAGCCUCAUCAGUUAGACGAACGGAGAGCGAAUCAGUAAAUUCUGCUUCAGUGAAAAUGAUGUCAUCUGUUCCUUCUAAAAAUUCAGCACUGGAAGAAAUCGAGCCUGGUGUGAGAGUGGUCGAAGUUUACAAAGGACCAGAUGACGUCCUUGGCCUUGGGGUUACCGGCGGUCCUUCUGGGCCCACUGGGGACGGUCGGAUCACUAUUUCGUACAUCCAACCUGGCUCUGCAGCAGGUCGAGCCAGAUUAAAGAUUGGGGAUCGCAUACUGAGAAUCAACGGAGAGGCCACCAAUCACCUCAGUCACUCUGAGGCAGUCGAGUUGCUGCGCCAGUUGAAUGGCCCCAUUACCUUCCACGUGUUCACACCCAGUCAAGAAAAACGUCCAGUCAGUGAAAAUCUGAACAGAAGUUUUGAAUCGUCGGAGUCACCUCGCUCGAACUUGAUUGGUUACCAGACUCCAUCAAUGACGUCGUUGACCCCCAGCCAACGGAACUCCGCUUCUAUUGAAAACGUUUCAAGUCGAACCUCUCAGUCAUUGGAUUCUUUGCCACGUGAUCCAGAAAGGCUUCGUCGAGCUCUAGUAAAGGACAUAACACUGGAACGAGGAAGCGAGGGUCUCGGUUUCAGUAUUGUCGGUGGAUUUGGCAGUCAGCAUGGUGAUUUGCCGAUCUACGUAAAAACUGUGUUUGAAAAGGGUGCGGCAGCAAAGGAUGGGCGACUUAAAAAGGGUGACCAAAUCAUGGCGGUCAACGGAGCAAGCCUCGAAGGUGUAUCUCAUGAAAACGCUGUUAAUAUAUUAAAGAAAAGCAAGGGAUUAAUCACCUUAACAGUAUUGUCGUCGUAAUCUUGUAAUCUGAUUUUCCUACCUUAAUCUUUCCUAUAGUAUGGAAUGCUCCUUUUGUCUAUAGUUUGUUUAAAGUGACAAUAUCAAAAGGUAGAUUAUAUACUGUAGUGUGAGAUCUGUAACUGUGCGUUACCCAGCAGGCUUUUUGACCCCACAAUUUGAAUUUUUAUUAACAUACUGUGUUAUAAUCUCAUAUUUUGUCGGUGGUAUUUCGAAAUUGUGCGUUUUCCCUUCAUUGUAGUCCGAUUCUAUUACGUCUGAUUUUGUAAAAAGACCCCAAAUUUUACACCUUUUCAUUACUAGCCAGAAUAGUAGCUUCGACUUCAGAACUUAAACGAGUAAGAAUUCCAAACACCUUAGUCAGUUUUAGAUAAACCCCGCAUUACCAAGAAUGACCUGUCAUUCCACCUCCAACUCUUGGUCGUUGAUAAUUCAAGCGAUUCUAACCAGAGGAUGCAUCAAGUCGAUUCACCGACUCCUCUGUGUUAAAGCUGCCCUGAACAUUGUCAUAGAACACUGUAAUCUAUCCUGACUGAAUUAGAUUUUCAAAUUGAGUAAACUUUUAGGAGGCAGGACUUUUUAGCUCGCAGUUGUAAUUUCGGAUUUAAGAUGGAUUGGAAUGAGUUAAAUUGAAAUCUCUGUUCUUAACUUUACUAUAAUUUUAAGUUAUGUUGCCCAAUUUUGAUCCGCAUUAGUUUAACGGAUCUUUUCCUUUUCUUUUUAACUUUAGACUCGUUGGAAAUCUGUUUGUUUCUGUUAUUCUCAAUUUUAGUACUUUUUAUUACUGCAUUAGCUGCAGAAUUGAAUCAGGUGCUUGGAUUUUUUUAUAAUAUAAUCUUGGCUGUUGUAUUAUUAAGUAUCAAAAUUAAUUGUUAAGUGUUUUGCAUUAGCCAUCAAUUAUUCUCAGUAGUAUUAAACAGAUUUUGUAUUUUCUUCAAUCCUAGACAAUA